AUGGCAACUGAAAUCUCACAGGCACCGGACUUGGAUAAAGUCAAUGCUCGUCCAACAUCAUAUAGCAGUGCCCUUGGUCUAACUAAAGCGUAUGCCCGUGACUGGGAUUCAUCUGAUGCCUUCCGAGAACUAUACCAGAAUUGGAAGGAUGCAAUAAUCCAGUCACAUAAUCUCAGCCUGCUGGAAUUCACGCCGCAAACAUCGGACACGGAAACUGAAACCCUGAUAACCAUCUCUAAGCAUGUGGAGACAGCGGGAAACCUCGUGGCUGCGCAAUGUCUAGGAUAUAUUAAAUUCGACAAGGGUGCAGGUGUGGUUGAAUUAGCCAAUUUCGGCAGCGACAUCACUCCUCGUUCUAUGGAGUUGGGUUUCACAACCAAGUCAACAGAUCCAAGGCUGACAGGGCGAUAUGGAGAUGGCCUCAAAAUUGCCGCUUUGGUGCUUUGCCGCUCCGAGUAUCACGUCAGGAUUGUUAGCAAUAACAGUUAUUGGAACUUUGGGUUUAAGGGCAAGCUCAAGACCGAAUUCUACUACCAACUGUAUCCUGCUGGUGCGGAUCGCGUGCAAAAACUGAGAGCCGCCUACGAAGCAGGUCGUCAACGAGGCAAGCCGCGGAAGGCCAAUAUCUGGGAGGAUGUUUCGAUCUCUGUGGGAAAAGUCCGUGAUCAUGGAGAGCCGGUAACGAUGGACGUCUUUCGGGAGUGGAUGAAAAUCACGAUCGAUCUCAAUCCGCCCUCUGCCCUAGUUCGGACCCCUCAAGGCAGUUUGAUUCUCGACCCCGAAUUCGCCGGACGGCUUUACAUCAGGGGUAUCCGCGUACAUUUGACAGAUGCCAGGCAAUCUCAUUACCGUUUUGGAUAUGACUUUUUAUCGGGAUCUUUAAAUGCUAAUCGCGAUCGGCGAUUGGAGGCCAGUCCAGAUGAAGAGGCAAGAGCGGUAUCCUUAAUAUGGGAAGCAGCCAUUCUACGCCAGGAGGAAAUGGUUCUCACGGAAUACAAGACGCUACUACGAUGGCAUUCGUCUUGUGCUGAUGUCGCUUCCAUCGAUGUGGUACUCACAGAAGCCACGGCACGAAAGCUUUGGGAUGCCUUCUCCAAAGACGCCCAGGUUGCGGGGUUAUUUUACUAUCCCCAAACCUACGCAGACGAUAAUCUUCGCUAUAUUCAGGACGAUCUGAAACUUGAACCGGCGGCACUUCCGGAUCAACUGUGGAGGUUGUUCCGAAAGUUCGGUCUGGUGAAUUUGCCAUUCGAGGAGAUGAACUCUCGUUUCCGGUUGUCAAAGGUUAUAGAACCGCCUGCGACGUUAUUCGCUCGUGAGAUCCACCGAGUGUUAUCGGCCCUCCUGGCAGCGCACGUGACAAGUCGGAACACCCAAAUCGUCUACGUACAGUGCGACGACAAUCGACCCAACGUCGUUUACUUGAAAGAGCGAAAUAGGUUGUAUGUGCAUGAGAAAUGGUUAGACUUCUGGCGAGCUCAUAGCAAUGCACCGUGCGAGGUUUCUCAAGUCGGUCAAGGAGGGCCCGAAGAACUGUUUUGUGGACAUCUGGUGGAAGAUUUGUACAAACAAGCGAUCAUGGCGAUAUCGCACCCUCUACAGGAACGGCAGCUUCUACUUAAGGAAGCCCGCUCUCUACAAGUGCUCUUCCGUCAGUGCAAGGAAAAAAUCCGUGAGAUGCCGACCAUGAUUCGACUCGUCCAGGGCAACAGUGCAGGCUCCCUAACGGUGACUUGGAAUGAUAGCUAUAGCCGAGCCUUUUCCAGGAAAUAUGGAAUAGCGGUGACGUAUUUCGUUAUCCUGCAUGGCAUCUCAUGCUCCGCAGAACGACAAACCCUGUGGUAUCACAAAGACCGCAUAUGCUGCGAUUGCCCACAGAAAUUGGUGCCGCAAGCCACCAACACGGUGGUCUUUGAGGGACUAGAUGGCCAGCCUCGCUUUCCCAUGGUUGCACGGUUUCGUGACCACACCAUCUAUGGCCUUCCUCCGGACCCGAUAGCGCCCAAUGUCAGCUCGUCUACUCCUCCACCAGGCUUGCUUGCUCCGUCCAGCUGUGAUGGCUUAGUAGAAAGCCCGGAUUCUUUUAUUUUAUAUCAGUCUAGCCAAUAUGAGGGUAAACUGUGGGGAUCUGAGGAAGAGGAGUCCGACUAUGCCGAUCCGCAUACACCAGAGGUCCCUAAUGAAGUUACAACCUAUGCAGGGCUGAGUGGAUAUGUACCACAGAAUGAAUUAACGCGGCGUCAUGUUGAAGAAAGCCAUCUCACAACAAUGCAUGCACUGUACGACCGUUAUUCAGAAGGGCGAGGGGUAUGGGAAGAGCAGGUGUUGAAGAAUGCUCAAAGCAUAUGCAAUAUGUUCCAAGUGGAAGAAAAGAAAAGAACAGAAGUCCCGCUAUAUCAGUCAAUGCGACAGUAUCAAGAGUUUGAGAAGGGCCAAUACAUAGAAGGAACUCUCGCUCCCGAAGGCUCCCGGGUGGUACUCUAUAUCCACGAUGUCUGGGGUCCUCGUGAAAAUAGGCCCCCUCAGCUACUAGUAACACGGUAUUCAUUUAUGGCAGAUCUUUCUCCUUUCGGGUCAAUGACCCCCGAUCGCAUCAACAAGAAGGAGCUUGUGUUGCACUUCACAGAUACGGACCAUAUGGGGGAGGGGGAAGAUGCGGAGGUUUGCAGUGUGACAGAUAUUUUGCUUACAAACGCGGACUUCUUGGUCCUUCAUGUGCAAGACAAUCCAACAUCUGUGGCAGAGUAUUACUGCCGAUAUGCCAUCCGCAGACGAGAGGAUUCCAAUUCUUGCUGUCUUUCUCCCCUUAAGCAAAAUGAACUAAACACCACAGACCAACCCACCUUUUCACCACUACCAGAACCAUCCGUCAUCGAUGCCUCUCUUGAUGAUCCAGGAGUAUCUGCUGGAUUCAUUAAGGCGGGUUGUCGUAUCAAUGGAGGGGUGUUCUAUAACGCAAGCUCUCAUGGUUUAUGGGAGAAACAAAACCCUACUGCAGCCAUCUUUAGCUCCUUACAGGAUGGGCUGAAAAUUUCACCAGACUCACCUGAGAUUCGCAAAUAUCGCGUUGUGACAAUUUCGAAAGGCCUGUCUUCGCAGCAAGCACCGUUUGACGAUUCCCUGGUUGAGUUGCUGCAUCGCUGUCGCAUUGCGGCUGAAGAUGAAUUCCGUCCGGAGUUUAUCUUUUUGAACCUAGCUGUAGCAGAAUGGAAUCCAUCUUCCUCGAAUGAACUCGCGGAGACUGUCCUUCAGCUCCUCGGGAAACAAUACUCGGUAUACAUUAGAUUACAUAGGACUCCUGAAAAUGAGCUCGAAGACGGGAGCCCUGUGCUUUUCCUUCUUGCAGCACCACGGUGCACAAAUCCUACCUGGAUCGAUAACACGCUGAGCGAUCUCCGUAGUAGCAAAUUUCAAAGGCUGCCUACGUCAACUGACGACUAUAAGGACCCGAGAGCUGUAGCCAUUAUGCGGGGAUUUAGCGAAGAUUUUAGCGACGGCAUUGACCCAAGCAAUUAUACACAGAUCUUAAAUGCCCUGCCUCCGUCUUUUGCAUAUCAAAUUGCUAUCAUCAUUUGCACGAUAUGCGGCAGGAUAACGCUUCACAGUCAACGAGACACACGGGCUGUUGAAGGAAAACUGGCAUCCGAAGCCAAUACCAAGCCAGAAAGACAUGCCAAAAAACCAAAUCUUCAUAUAAUAACCUGA